CUCUCCAUCCCAAUUCUUUUCUAUAUCUUCGAUUCUAUUUUCUAUUUCUAGGUUACGCCUCGCCUUACUCACCUACGGCCGAUCUUUUUUCUUGUGCAGGACACGUUCAUUUCGAAAAAGACAUUCUAGACCUAGUCGUCUAUUUCUCCGUUCUUUAUAAAGACUCUUGAGUCUCCUUUUUUUUUUCUUCACCAGAUCCCCAUAUCUCUCGUUCUUUGACAGACCCGAGUCUUCAAACGCCAAAGAUGCAUUCAGCCACUUUACUCCAGUCCCUCCUUCUCGCGAGCGCAAGUCUCUCCUUAGCUGGUCCGGUAUGGCCUCGCUUCUCGGUAGACAACACACAUCUGGAAGUCCUGGCGUUACGAGCCUCGACAUCCGUGAACGCGGCCGCGGUGUCGGACGUGACCUGUAUCGACAAGAACACCAACAUUGUCUUUCAUGACCAAAACGUAGCCGAGCUAGCCAUCUGCGGCGGCAUCGCUGGCACGAUUGAGAAGUGUGGUGGCAAUCCCGAGACUACCACAGGCACAUCGGGCAGCGCUCAGUUCACGCUAAAGGCCGCGACGGCCGGCGCCACGAUCAACAUCUCCAAGGGCCGGUGGGAGCAGUGCGUGCGCGCGGCCAGGGCCAUAUGUCCCACCGGUAGCAUGAGCGGAACGUGCGCAGGUGGCGCCUCGACAGGCAACGUAGAUUUCACGCUCGACUCGCCGUCGUCGUGAGAUAGCCUCUUCCUCUCUCUUCACCGAGAUCACACAUCUCCUUCCAACUUAGAGAUACAAAAAAACGAGAUGAAAUAGAAUGUAUGACCGGGUAACGUCGGCGUGUGUCAUGUAUGAUGGGUUUCAUACCCAGGCGGGACUCGGGACUCUGGAAACGGGGGGCGUUUGGCGGGUUCGAAAGGAUCCCAUGGGUGCGUUGUCGUUUUUGACAAAAAUUUUGUAUAAAAAGACCAUAGCCUUCCCUGGCUAGAAUUGGGGCUUUGAUAAGACAGUACAAUCGAAGCUGUAUAUAUCUCCCAACUUGACUGUGACUACCUAUCUCGGGUGCUGAUUCCAUCUCUAUUGUGACUGGGUAUCUUUCUCGUUAAUAAUGACUUUUCCCUACGUAGGCGUACGUAACCCCCUAUUACCAGACUCCAUAAACUCCCUCCC